AUGGGUCUCCUGAACUGCUUCACCGGCUCCUCCAGUCGAUCGAGUCGCUCCUCCUCAGCCGACUCGUUGCUGGAUGAGAAGCGAUAUCUCGACUUUGAGGCUGACGAAUCGUCGCACCCGACCACGCGGUGCGCCGAUCGGCCCCACAUGGUCGCUGCUGCUCGAGUGCAGCGCCAGCUUCAAGGAAAGCAACGCCUGGAGCGAUUGAGGGAGUUGAUGAAGGAGCAGGGAAUCGAUGCCUAGUGAGUUCAUGGAGGGAGGGGUUGGUGAGGGAUGUGUCGGUGUGGGGUGGUCGUAUCAGAACUGACGGACAGGAGCUUGGCUCUCUCCCUUCCUCUGCCGGUGUUUUCAGCGUCGUCUUAUCGUCCGACGCUCAUGGCUCCGAAUAUCCCGGUGAAUGCGAUAAACAAAGGCAGUUCAUCUCUGGGUAAGUUCCGCAGGCUUCCCAUAUAUAGAACCAAAAUCCCACCCGAGACCAACCCCUGUCUCCUGUUCCCCCCACAGUUUCACCGGUUCCGCAGGAACGGCCAUCAUCACCUCGUCCGAAGCGCACCUCUUCACCGAUAGUCGUUACUACGUCCAAGCGGCUCGUCAACUCGAUUUGGAGCAGUGGACCUUGGAGAAAGUGGGCAUGUCCGAUGUCAAGGAUUGGUCAGCUUGGUUGUUGGAUCUGCCGCAGGGGAGCGUGAUUGGGGUCGACUCGAAUACGAUAGCCUAUAGUCAGGUCUUACUUUUAAAUCUUCACAACAGAGCAUACCCCAACUGACCUGAAAUCCUUGUCGUUCCUUCCCUCAGGUGCGGCCAAACGCCUCCUGGACUCGUUCAAGUUGACGAAGCUCACCCUCAACGCCUCGCCCUAUAACCUCGUCGACCAAAUCUGGGGUUCGGACCGUCCCGCGCGUCUCUCAAGCAAGAUCCAACUCCACCCUUUCCAAUUCACCGGUGAACUCGCCUCCUCCAAACUAGCCCGACUCCGAACCUGGCUUCAACAGAACCAGAACGGAGGCGGCCGAGACGCAUCCUUCUUUGUUUCGACCUUACCUCAAAUCGCUUGGUUGUUGAACUUGCGCGCGAAGGAUAUUGCUUUCAACCCUUUCGUUUAUGCGGUCCUACUCGUUCCGGCUUCGGAGGAGGACAAGUUCACGGUGUGGAUUCAGGAAGGGAGCGUGACGGAUCAAUUGAGGGAGUACAUCCAUGAUUUGGGAGGGCAAAUUCGAUCGUACGCUCAAGCUUUGAAAGAGAUUCAAGGGAGCACCAAAGUCGUCUCGGAUGGAUCGUUGAGUUGGGCCGCUGCUCAAGCGAUCCAAAACGACAACCUCACCGUCGUUCCUCUUUCACCCAUCGUCGAAUGGGAAGCCAUCAAGAACCCGAUCGAGAUUCAAGGUUUUCGCAACGCCUAUAUACGCGAUGGACUCGCCUGGGCCAAAUGGGCCUCUUGGCUCGAACACACCGUCUCCAAAAAAGGUCUCCCCAUCACCGAAUUCGAAGCGGCGGAGGAGUUUACGAGGAUUAGGAGUAAGGGGGAGUUUUAUGAGGGUUUGGGGUAUGAUAAUAUUUCGGCGACGGGGGCGAAUGCGGCGUUGCCUCAUUAUGCACCGACGAAGAAGGAGAGUAGCGUGAUUGAAUUGGGGACACCUUAUUUGAAUGACAGUGGGCCGCAAUACCUGUAUGUAUAUCCACUGGUCCUAUCUGACACCAAGAGGGAAGACUGACCCUGUCGUCUCAACCCCGCCAGCGACGCGACCAUCGACUGCACCCGGACGUCCUUCCUAGGACGUCAUCCAACCCCCGAACAGAAAAGGGCUUUCACGCGUGUGCUUCAGGGACAUAUCGCCAUCGACCAAGCGAUUUUCCCUGAAGGUACUUCGGGGGGUGAUUUGGACGUGUUGGCGAGGAUCAAGUUGUGGAAAGAAGGGAUGCAAUAUUCGCAUGGGACCGGGCAUGGGAUUGGGGAGUAUUUGGGGGUGCAGUACGUUUCCUUCCUCUUCCUCACCAUUCAGUUCAGUUCGUGCGUAAAUAAAACUGAUCAUUGUUUACUCGCCUGCUGUUCGCUUUCACAGUGAAGGACCUCAUGGCCUUGGAUCCAAAUCGACUUACCCCCUCAAGGUCGGUCACGUCCUCUCCAACGAACCGGGCUUUUACGAAGAAGGAAGUUACGGGAUCCGCAUCGAGAGCGUUUUGGUCGUCAAAGAGGUCAAGACGAGGCGCGAUUUUGGCGAUAAGAAAUGGUUCGGGUUCGAGAGGGUCACGAUGGUCAGUCCUCCGGGAGCAGUAUCCUCGAUCAGAUCGUCUGGGCCCAAAGAUUACUGAUACCGUUUGCUUUCUUGGUGAUUUCAAUAGGUCCCCAUCCAAUCCACCAAACUGGUCAACUUUGACCUCCUGACGCACGAUGAGAAGACAUGGCUCAAGAAGCACAACGAUCAUAUUCGAGCAACGUUGAUCCCUUUGCUCAAGGGGGAUCAGAGGGCGAUCGAGUGGCUCAAGAGGCAGUAG